AAGAGGGCAGAAUUGAGCUAUUGUCGCAUACAGUUCAGUAUAUGCCAGCACGUGAAGAAGAACAACUGUCAUGGCUGCGCCCUCGUGAAUGCGUGGUUGUCAGUAGUAAUCAGAUUUUGGAGUAUAUAGAAGUCACUCAAAUUCAAGAUAACGAAUUUACUUCCCAUGAAGAUGAAAACAAAGCACGUAAAAAUGAAGUCGAAGCGAAUGUCGUCAGUGCUAAAGAAACGCGGCAUCCAGAUGAAAGGCGAGUGGAAAGCCGUGGAGCUAGACCCGAGUGUGUUCGCUGAAGACGGAUUGGAAAGUCUUGUUUGUUUUGAAGAGCUCACAAGUUACAAUCUGGUUGACCCAGAAAAGGUAGCAGCCAAAGCAGAAAAGGGGAAGAAGAAAGGGGAGGAAAAGAAAAAGCCAAAGAAAAGAAAAGCUACUGAGGAAGAGCAGAGUGGAGAAUGCCCUGCCGUGGAGAGCAAGGACGACGAUGACGCCUCUCAGCCAGCAAAGAAAAAGCCCAAGAAAAAGAAGAAAAAUAAGAAAAAGUCAACGCAGCAAGAUGCCCAACCAGAAAGCUCUACUGCUGAAGUGACAGAGAAUAUUGAAGACAUUGAAAAGGAGGGAAUGGGCAAUGAAAAAGAAAAGGAAGAAGAAAAAGGAACUCAAAACAUCAACAAAAAGAGCAACAAAAAUAAGAAAAAGAAACAGCAGCUGGAAGAUGCUACAAAGAAAACACUGAAUACUGAAACUUCACCAGAGGUUCAGGGUCCGGAUGAAGAGAAAUCCUUACAAGACAAAAAGGCAAAGCCAACUAAAAAACAAGUUAAGAACUGGACAAAUGCAGCACGUGCUGGUUCUUGCGACAAAAACACAGAUGUGAGUGCAUGGAAGAACCUGUUUGUUCCCUCACCUGUGCUAAAGGCCCUCAGCAGCCUUGGAUUUGGAUCACCAACACCUAUUCAAGCCCUGGCAUUGCCUCCAGCCAUCAGGGAUCGAUUAGAUGUCCUGGGAGCAGCUGAAACAGGAAGUGGUAAGACAUUGGCUUUUGGCAUUCCCAUGAUCCAUACCAUCCUGGAGUAUAAGAAGCACACACCUCUUGAUGACCAAGGUGAAGCGGUUAAACAGGUGCAGAGUUUGUAUUUACCAAGUCUGGGGGAAUCUGAGAACGAGGAUGAAUCCACCAUAGACGAUGAAUCCACCCAAGGGUUGGAGGACGAAGACGCAGAGCUGGAGGAUGACAUAGAGGAUGGUAAAGAGCAGGAUGAUAGUGACUUGGAUGAAGGCAACAGUGAAGAUGACGAGCACGGUGAUGAAGAAGGAGAUGACGAUACAAGACUGGGUUGUGUUCAAGUCAUUAAAAAUGUAGACAUCGAUUGUGAUCCGGCAGCAGAUAAAAAACCUCCUGGUGGACAUAACCAGCCUCUGCUCGGACUAGUCCUCACACCCACCAGGGAGCUGGCUGUGCAGGUCAAACAUCACAUUGAUGCUGUGGCCAAAUUCACAGAUAUUAAAACAGCAAUAGUGGUGGGUGGAAUGGCACCAGAGAAACAGCGGAGGAUGUUAAAACGCAGGCCAGAGAUCGUCAUUGCUACACCAGGACGUCUGUGGGACUUGAUCAGUGAGAAACAUCCACAUCUGCAGAACCUCAAACAACUCAAGUGCCUGGUCAUCGAUGAAGCUGAUCGCAUGGUAGAAAGAGGCCACUUUGCAGAGCUGGAGAAUUUGCUGGAGAUGCUCAACACUGUGAACUUUAACCCUACGAGACAAACGUUUGUGUUUUCUGCCACACUGACCAUGGCACAUAGCAUGCCUACUCGCUUCUUGCAAAAAAAGAAAAAGAAUCUGGACCAGAGGAAUAAGCUGGACAUUCUCAUGGAGAAAGUAGGGAUCAAGACCAAACCCAAAAUUAUUGACCUCACCAGGAAGGAGGCGACAGUGGAGACAUUAAUGGAGACCCGGAUCCACUGUCAGAAAGAGGAGAAGGACUUUUACCUGUAUUACUUCCUGCUGCAGUACCCAGGGCGCACCAUGGUGUUUGCCAACAGCAUAGACUGCAUCAAAAGACUGAACUCACUGCUGGUUAUCCUGGACUGCACUCCUCUGCCGCUACAUGCCAACAUGCACCAGAAACAGCGCUUGAAAAACCUGGAAAGGUUUGCAGAGAGGGAGAGUUGUGUUCUGCUGACCACUGAUGUUGCUGCAAGAGGACUGGACAUCCCCAACGUUCAGCAUGUUAUUCACUACCAGGUUCCUAGGACAUCUGAGACAUAUGUCCACAGAAGUGGUAGGACAGCAAGAGCCACUAAAGAGGGUCUGAGUCUGCUGCUAAUCGGCCCAGACGACAUGUUGAAUUUCAGGAAGAUUUACAGUACUCUCGGAAAGGACGAGGACCUUCCAAUGUUCCCCAUAGAGAGCAAAUGCAUGGAAGCGAUUAAGGAGCGUGUAAACCUGGCACGAGGGAUUGAAAAGAUCGAGUUUCACAACUGCAGGGAGAAGCAACACAAUUCCUGGUUCAAACAAGCAGCCGAAGCCCUGGAAGUCGACCUGGAUGAUGAUCUUUUACUUGGCGGGCGAAAAGACGAGGAAGAUGACAGAGAGCAGCAGAGGAUGGUAAAGGGCAUGAAGAAGCAGUUGAAGCAGCUGAUCUCCCAGCCUGUGUUUAAGAAUGUGCUGAAGACCAAAUACCCAACUCAAAUGGGGAAGCUCACCCUGCCCCACCUGCCUCGUGCAGAGAUGGAAAGUGCCCUAAACCAGGUGUCAAUACAGCGGAAUAAAAAAAUGUUAAAGAAAAGUGUUCAACCACGGAAAAAGAUGAUGAAAAAGGUCAAACAGCAGCAGCAGCAGCAGUAGUGAUUUGGUUAACUAAAAAAAGCCAAUUAUUGACACAAUCUAUGUAAUUUUAACUUAAAAUAUCAGUUCAUCCAUGUUGUUUUUGUACACGGUGCAAUAAUUACAUCUGUGGAAUAGUGUUGCUGGAUUUAAACUGCAAGAUUUGUAUAAAAAUGUGUUAUCCCAA